AUGGUGGCAUUGAAAAGAGAGGCAGAGCCUCGUGAGAAUGGAAAAUCCAAGAAACUGAAAACAUCGUUGGCAACGUCUUCGUUUGUUUUACAUUCAUACUCCAAAUUACCCAACAUUAAUGAAUACCCAAAGGCUAAAUCAACUCCGUUAGACAUUUUUGUUUGGGGUACUGGGUCCAUGUGUGAAUUAGGGCUAGGGCCGUCUGCAAAGAAUAAAGAGGUUAAAAGACCAAGGUUAAAUCCUUAUUUAACGGAAGAUAAAUUAGGAGGUACAAAAAUAGUCGAUUUUGCCGUUGGUGGUAUGCACACUUUAGCGUUGGAUGGGAAGAAUAGAAUUUGGUCUUGGGGAGGAAACGACAGUGGAGUUUUAGGUAGAGAUACAUCACAAGCUAAAGAAGUGUUGAAAGACAUUGAUGGGAAAAAUGGUGAUGACGACGAUGACGAUGAUGAAGAUGGUGAUCUAAACGAAGCUGAAUCGACACCUGCAUUAGUAGAGAAUCUUCCUGAAGGUGAAAUUGUACAAUUGGCAGCCACUGACAAUUUGAGUGCGGCAUUAUUUGCAAAUGGUGAUGUAUAUGCAUGGGGGUGUUUCCGUUGUAAUGAAGGGUUAUUGGGAUUUUUAAGAGACGAAAUAAAACUCCAAAAAACCCCACUAAAGAUUAAUGAAUUGAAAAAUAUUGUCCAAUUAGCAGCUGGAAAAGAUCAUUUACUUGCUCUCGACUCAAAGGGAAUUGUGUAUGCCUGGGGUAAUGGACAGCAAUAUCAACUUGGUCGUAGAAUUUUAGAAAGACAUCGUUAUCGAAGUUUAGAACCACAACAAUUUGGGUUAUACAAUAUCAAAUACAUUGCUAGUGGAGACUUUCAUUGUUUUGCAAUCGAUCAUUCAGACAAUGUUUAUGCUUGGGGAUUGAACCAAUAUGGUCAAUGUGCAUUAACAGGUGAUAACGGUGAGUUGGAGGAUGGAUCAGUUUUGAUGAAACCCACUUUGAUUCCUGAAUUAUCCCGCAAGGGUAUCAAAGAAAUUGCUGCUGGCGAGCAUCAUACAUUGGCACUUACAGAGGAUGGACAAGUUUAUGCGUGGGGUCGGUAUGACAUGAAAGAAAUUGGGAUUCCAAAGGACAAGUUACCGAAAUCAACUUUUAAAGAUCAACACGGGAAACCACGAUCCGUGCCUGUUCCUACAAAACUCGACUUUGCUGUGAAAAUCAAAACAAUUGGAGUUGGAUCCCAUCAUUCUUUUGCUGUAACAGUAGACGGUGUUGUUUAUGCAUGGGGAUUUUCCGAAACUUACGGUCCUGGUUUAGGUCCGUCUAUCGAUGAUGUUGAAAAACCAACAAGAAUUGUAAAUACAGCCACAAAGAACGAAGAUAUACUUCUUAUUGGUGCCGGUGGACAAUUUUCAGUAAGUGGUGGUGUCAAAAUCGAAGACGAAGAGAAAGCAGAAGAUAGGCUUGAUAAAUACGAAGAUUUAGAUUGA